GAGCCGGAAGCGAGGUGCCGAUUUGAAGGCGGUGGCGGGAGGAGGCGGGGUGUGGGGAGGAAUCUUGGAUUUCUUGAAACAAAGGAAAAGAGCGGGAUAAGCUGUGAAAAGUCUCAACAUUGUAUUGAAUUUCUGGUGGAACAAGGCUAAAUUGGUGGAAAAUGCCAUCUGGGAAAGUUUUGCAGCCUGUACUAAAAAUGAAAGUGGAUGAACUGUUCUUAUGCUGGCUGAGCCAGCCUUCAACCCAGCUGAUGCUAAAAGAUUGGUUGAAAAGCAUCAAGAAUGAAGAGAAGAUUGAAAUUGGCAGUGGUGAUGCUGGGUACAAUGAACCUCUAAUUUUUGCAAAUAAAAACUCCAACUCCAAACGGAGUAUGUUAGAUAAUUUGAUAACUCCUUUGAUGCCUUCUGGUUCUCCUCAUCUUUCCACGACUCUUCCACUGGGAACUUCAGCCAGCCCAAGAAGCAUAUCUAAUAGUAGAGGAAUACGUAGAUCAACAGGGAGCAAAGUAGUUCAGGCAAAGAAGGAAGAACCUUUGCCACCAGCACUUAGCCAAACCAUUCCAUCGUUUUAUUUUCCUCGGGGACUUCCAAAAGAAAAAGUGAAUAUAGAUGCUGUAAUUGCUAAAAUAGAGAGGACUUUCUCUCAGUUUCCAAAUGAGAGAGCAACUUUAGAAGACAUGGGCAAAGUUGCAAAGGCAUGUGAAUGCCCAUUUUACUGGAAAGGUCCCUUGUUUUAUUGUGCUGGAGGUGAACGCACAGGACAUGUGUCGGUUCAUAAAUUUGUUGCGAUGUGGCGAAAAAUACUACAGACUUGUCAUGAUGAUGCUUCAAAAUUUGUUCAUCUUCUAAUGAACCCUGGAUGCAGCUACUUGGUGCAAGAAGACUUCAUUCCAUUUUUACAAGAUGUGGUGAAUAGUCAUCCUGGCCUAUCAUUUUUAAAAGAAGCAUCUGAAUUUCAUUCUCGGUACAUUACUACAGUAACUUUAAAAUCUGAUUCCUGGUCUGCUUCCAGAUGCAUCUUAGCAGUACCACACCACACUCAGUUCCGUCUGCUACGUAGAAGUCUAAAAUACUUGCUCUCAGUCUAUAGGCAGCACCUGGUUAUACAGAGGAUAUUUUAUACAGUAAAUAGAUCCUGGUCUGGAAGAAUCACUUGUAAUGAGCUCCGGAAAAGCAACUUUUUGCAGAAUGUGGCAUUAUUGGAAGAGGAAGCAGAUAUUAACCAGCUGACAGACUACUUCUCUUAUGAGCACUUCUAUGUCAUAUAUUGCAAAUUUUGGGAACUUGAUACAGACCAUGACCUCUACAUUGAUCGGAAGGAUUUAGCCCAGCAUAAUGAUCAUGCUAUAUCAAAUAGGAUGAUAGAGAGGAUAUUUUCAGGAGCAGUAACAAGGGGCAGAAAAACGCAGAAAGACGGAAAAAUUAGCUAUGCUGAUUUUGUCUGGUUUUUGAUAUCUGAAGAAGACAAAAAGACUCCAACUAGCAUUGAAUACUGGUUUCGAUGCAUGGAUCUUGAUGGGGAUGGUGUAUUGUCUAUGUAUGAACUAGAGUACUUCUAUGAAGAACAGUGCCAAAAGCUGGAUAACAUGACCAUUGAACCUCUACCUUUUGAAGACUGCCUGUGCCAGAUGUUGGAUCUUGUGAAGCCGCAGUGUGAAGGGAAAAUCACUCUCCAUGACUUAAAGAAGUGUAAGUUGGCAAAUGUCUUCUUUGAUACCUUUUUCAACAUUGAAAAAUACCUUGAUCAUGAGCAAAAGGAUCAGUUUUCGGUGUUGAGGGAUAGUGAUAAUGACAGCCAAGAGAUCUCUGACUGGGAAAAGUAUGCUGCUGAAGAGUAUGAUAUCCUUGUAGCAGAAGAGGCAGCUAGUGACCAGUGGAAUGAUGGGUAUGAUGCAGAACCAAGUCCUGUAGACCAUCAGAAAGCCAACAUCCUAAAAUUUCAAGUGGAUAAAAAGCCUUUCUUUGAGAUGCCUUCCCAUCUUGCUGAUGUAGACUUGGAUGAGUAUGACUAUGAAGAGGACUUUGAGUGACUGCGGUCAACGUUUGCAGAAGAAAAAGGGACAGUCUGCAGCAGGUCUGCCAAACACCUAUACAGAUUAUCAAUGUUUUUUGUUUCCUUAGUUCUUUGUUACAAAAUAUUAUUUAAUCAUUAUAUUGCCUUUUAAAGAAAAUGACGUGCAUUUGUAUGGAAUGAUGAAAGUUUUUGUAUUUAUUCAAUAGUCUAUAGCUUGUAAAAUAGAUUAAAAUAUUUAUUUAUAGUUGUUGCAUAAUUUCUUAAUGGAAGAGUAAAGAUGUUUGAGUUCUUUAAAGUACUCCACGAUUUUUUUUUUAAAAAGAUGAUUAUAUAAUUCUCUAGAGUUUUUAUGUAGUGCACUGACCACCUGCAUCUUAUACUUGUGAAUGGAAGUAUCUGUUCUGGGAUGGGAAAUUAGGAGACUGUUUUAUAGAUGACUUCCAGGGCUCUUUCUCCCAUGACAAAUCUAGAACUUGGCAAAGAAGAGGGGCAUGGCUUUGAAUCCAGUGAUUCAGCCUGUCAAGUAAUAGUGUACUCGGAAGUAACAAGCUGAAUAUAUUUGUGCAAUUGAUAAACUACUAAUGCCUGAUCUGAGCUACUCCUCUUCAUGUCCACCCCUUUCAUUCAUCUUGACUUAAACUUUGCCUGUCCUUUCAUUGAUGUCCACUUACAAAAACAUUCUUUAAUGCUGAAUUCUAUUCAAGUAUUCAUGCUUGAUCCCAAAUCUGUCUGUUCUUCCAGACAGAAGGAACCAAUUUUUAAACCCUUUUGUAUAAAUGUUACUUGAGUUGUGAUGUGCACUAACUUGUGGGCAUUCAGUACUUUUGUCUGUUUCUUCCUCUUCAGUUGUUAGCUUAUUGACACAUUCCAUAGAAAUUCAGUGUCACAGCAGCUUGAAACUGUUGCCUCACUUGCCUACAUGGGGCAAGAGAUUGCAAACAAAAAUGUUUUGUACAUUGUACAUGAAAACCUGUUUAAUAGUAAAUAUUGCUGAAAACUUCCCGUAUCUAAAUUUUCACUUCUGCAUUCAUGCAUUCAGGGCACUACAACCUUAAGAUUUUUUUUGAAUAACAAAAAUAUUAACUUGUACAGUAAGCAGUGUAGAUCUGUUUUAAAAAUCAUGUUUGUAUUUUCAAAUAAAGAUUUUCGUACAUGUAA